AUGCCUCAUCAGAGGAAAUUAGUGUCUUCCCCGUUUCGCGGAACCCAGAUUGUCUACACUCUAGGAGAGCGCACCGACUGCCCCCCUGCCGUACGACCAUUCUCUGUCGGGUCUAUUCUAUCCACUUAUGUGCAUGUUCUCGCCUACAUCUCACCUAUUUUGCCGAGCGGUGCUCUCGACAUGCAAGCGGAAUCGCGCUCCCUCUCGUUCAACGAGUCUUCUCUUCUGGAUCUCUUCGGACAGAUGUGGCGUAGCAAUUGGGCUGAAAGCGAAGAUUGCGCCCCCUUUGACGUGACUUUUCAGGCCGCGGAAAGACGGGAGGCCAAGCUUGAAGGACGGCUCAAUCCUGGAACGUUCUAUCGGAGCUAUGCUGCCUGUAUGACCAAGAAAACCAAAGGUUCGCUCAUGCAUGUGCCUCAGGCUCAACACCUCAUGUCUCCUCUUUACCUAUCCUCCCGGUCGAUGGGGUCAUUCGAUUACACCAGCUUGCAGCCCCCGCCUGCGUUUCUUUUCCGAUCGGAUUCCGGAAAUAUACCAGCCGUAGAACGCAACGCGUUUGACCAGGACGGUCCUAGCGGCCGCCGUUGCCCUAGUGUAGGCGAAGAACAUUGGGCUAACGAUGGUGUUGUCCCUCUGUUCUCUCAAUGGCAUCCUCUCGCCUGCGGGGAGACUCGCUGCAAGCAUACUACGCUAUCCCUUGACAACCCCGGCUUUUCAGACACGGCAAGUACUGUCCCCGGAAAGUUUAAAGUGACAAAUGCAUGCCUGGAAGAACCUGAGAGCGGUAUCUGGCACGUACAUCACAUAGACUCUGCCAACCACCUCUCCAUCGUGCCGUUCUGGUUUGGAACCGAAAGGCAGCAAACGUUCUGGAAAGACCUUGGGUAUUGGCUAAGAGCAAUUGAAAUCCAACGGUCAAGGCAGGAGAACUUCUAUGAAACACGCGUGCUGGUCCCGCCGCUAUGA